AUGUCUCUUUUCGGAUUCUUGGUAUUGUUUACAAUUAACAAGAUGAUAAAGGAAUUUUAAUAGGUCACCUAUGACUUGAUUGACUUCAAAGUGAAUUAAGAUUAGGUAAAAGAUCUUGUAUAGUUAAUGCCAAGGGUAUUUGAAACGAUUAUUGAGUUUGGCGAUGCAUAAUUCGCUGUUGAGAUUAUAGAUAUAACACUUGAACUUCUAAAGAAUCUUCCUGUAGAACAGUGUGCUGAUAUACUAUUUAUGGAAGAAAUUUUGAAACUUUUAACUGAAUUAGAAUUGUUUAAUACUGGUUUAACAUACUCAGAAUUAACAUUAACUCUUUGUGAGAGAUAUUAAUAACCUGUAGUAGAAAAUAAAUAAUAUUUGAGGAUGAAGAAUAGAUUCCUGCUCUUCAAAUAUUAAUGCUCCCUUUAAAUCAGUAGCAAUUACUCAAGAUAAGAACUGAGAUAAAUAGAGGAAGAUAUAAAUUCAAUUGAAGAAAUUAUUGGAUAGCCUGGAGAUGUUCAAAUCAGACUAGAUACUAUUAAAUAAAUCCUCAAACCUUUAAUUGAAAAAAGCGACAAAGUUAUGCUACUAAAAGCUCUAGGUCUUGGAGUGCUAGCUUCAGGAUUAGUGAUCGCUGCUGUUGUCUUUUUGAUUAAAAAGAGAAAUUGA